AAGAGAGAGGAAGGGAGGGAGGGAGGGAGAGAGAAUAUGGUUUCAAGAAAUUUAGCGUUUGUAUAAAUUUUUAAUUAUUUUUCUUAUAAUCAACUAAAUGCAUGUAAUGAAAAUUCAUUUAUGUUUGAACACAAAAAAGGAAUAUAGAUUUCGACAUAAUAAAGGAGGAUAAAAAGCAUAUUUUCUGCUCCUAUUUUUACAAAUAUUUUCACGAUCUCUUAAGAUUAUUAAAAAUUAUAGCCAAUUCUUAAGAAUACUUAUAAAACAAAGAUAUGAAAUAAAGACUUUUUUUUAGUGAUACUGCGUUAUAAAAUUAUUACAAAUACGUCAGAGGCUUCGUGGUAUUUUUUGGAAUAUUAAAAGUUGCUCAAUUUGUCUGACCGCUUUUUGAUUUCUUUCAGCAUGAUUCGUCGAUUUUUGCGCAAACCACAUCAUGCGUCACCAAUGUAGUUUACAUUUUUCUUAACUCUUUGAGUAUUUGAAUCAAAGAGAUUCGAUUCAAUUCGAUUCAAUUUGAUUCGAUUUGAUCUCAUAAACUGCUUAGUUCACACACCUGCUCGGGACGUUUCGGUUAGUGCGUGUGCGUGCAACAAUCCAAAAGAUUCAUCACUUCGGAAAUACAGACGAGUCGUGUCUUAUAAGGAUACGAGCAAUUUUUAACAUUUACAAAAAGCGCGAUAUGCUAUUUCUCGGUAAGAGACGUGCCAGGGUGGAGAGAGCAUGAUGCGUGGCCAAUUGUUAAUUGACGCGUUAACCAAAUUCCAUGCAAGGAAAUUCUGGCGAUGCCAGACGCGAGGCGGAUCCGACGCCCGCCUACGCGUACACAUUUAAAUUCGGUUUUAUUUCUUUUUUCAUUUUUUUUUUUUAUGACGCCAGCUCAUUCCGGGUGUGGGAACAUUCGGAUCAUCUUGCCGUGACCGUGAGAUCAGUUGUCCUUUUCUUUCCCCUUCUCCUCUCGUCUUUGUCAAGUCCCUAAUGCGUAGCAUUUACGACGAUACAACUUGCGAAAUCGUGAUUUUCACGAUGAUAAUGUUAUUAUCGCGAUCGGCAUAUGUACCUCACCGCGGCCCUCGUUGAUUCGAAAAUCUCUCGAUGGAUUUAUUGAAAUUUAUCUGACACCUCUCUCGCAUAGAUAAGUAAUCCUAUACACACCGUGGAAUUAAUUAGAUAGCCAUCUCCGCACUUUCUUUUAUAUACUUACAUUCUUUCGACAGCUUAGGGCGUCUAUAUAUUCCGAAGUUGAACGAAAAGUUAAGUCUCUCCGCUAAAAAGAAAGUCUACUAUAAUUAAAUAUAACCACAUGUAUGUUAUUAUAUAAAAAGGCAUAUAAUAUGUAUAUUUUUGUAUAUAUAAAAAAUAAUGAUUGAAAAAUAAUGAAAGGGAUUAUUUUUUUAAAUAAAAAAUAGUUUUUGAGAAAAUACAAAGAAAAAGCUAAACUGUAUAAUGUGAUCGCAAUUUUACUUUAUACAAAGAAAAAUAAUGUGAUAGUGUAAUUUUACUAAUUAUUUUUCAAUCAUUCUUAUUUUUUUUAUAUACGUAGAGAUUAUGUAAUCUUUAGACUAAAUUUUUUCGUUUUUAAUUGUAUGUGCUGUAUGUUAACGCUAAAAAAUUUGGAAGAAUCCGAAAUAUAUAUACAUACGUAUAUAAAUUAUAUUUAUAUAUGUAAAGACACAAUAAAUAAAAUUAUGAACAGAAUUCUAUUCUGAGAUCUGAUGACAAAUUAUAUAGAGUCAAGAUAUAUGUUAUUAUCGCGUGAGAGACUGUGCAAUUUACAUAUAAUUCCGGGUAUUUUCCUAGUAUCAAUUGCGUGACGUAAAACCCAUGCAGCAAUCGGUAAAACUGACUCGUCACUUCUGGACUCGUCAUAGAUGAAGUUACAUGAAUCAGUUGACCCGAUCACCGUGUUUCACGCGGUAUAAGCGUCGAUCGAUGUCGUAAUUAUUUUUGUCUUUUUUCCUCUCGCGUUAUUAUCGGGAUUGUUAUUCCGGAUUAUUACACAUCGGGAUCGCUACCCGGCACACUCGCGGAAUGCAAAAUAGCGCGCGUUGCGUCGAUACCGAGAUGAGAUCUCAGUCGAGAUGCGCAACGCUUUCCGGAAAUAGGAGAUGCGCGCGACUAUACGAAUAGAACAGUAAUCGUGUAAUCAGACGUGACAGGCGUGUGCCGUUUGGCGCGAUAUUCGUCACCGAACGGACUUUUCCCUAAUCUUAAUGGACGAGAAGUUCCGUUCGCACAGAAAGAAUGUUCUCUUACAGAACUUACCUUCAAAAUCAUGACAGUCGCGAGGCAACGUAGACUUCGAAGAGUUUUACUGUAAACUUUCAGUAAACUUUUACCAAACUAUUCUAUAAUGUAAAAUUGCUUGGUUAAAUUUUACUCGAAAUUGUAGCAAAACUCUCCAAAGUCCAUCUCGUCUCUGUCGCGUGAGAAAAAAAAAAAUGCGAGGAUAAGAAUUCUGAAGGAGAAAAUUCUCUCUCUCCCCCGUAGAAGUCGCCGUAACGAAGUGCACGUCGUCGGCGUGCGCCCGUCUUAUCCACGGCAAUGAAGUCGGCAAGGCACAUCUCGGAUGGAGGAAUCGAUACGACGAUCGAUGUGCUGCCCGGCAUAGGAUAUCGAAGGACAGCGGCGAUACCGCGCCUUACCAAAAUGGUAGGGGGGUACACGGGCCGGAGAUCCGGAGGAUGGUAUAAGAGAAGAAGGGAUACGAAACCAGCGCCAGUUAUAUUGACUUUCUUUUAAGCGACACGCGCGUUACACACGUACACUCUCCGCGGGAGGAUACACGUUAAAUUUCCAUGAUGAGGCCACCGCUAGAAAUGCUACUAGUUAUAGUAGCAUUAGCUACGCAUGCACGUGGACUCCCCUAUGGAGAAGUGCCACCUCAAUUACAGACACAAGACAAGCUUGCUUGGUAUGGUGAUGAUCGUGUUUCCCAAGUUCAAAACAACGUCUAUCCUACCUACAAAGAUAACAUCGUCCCGGAACAAAUUAGCCAAGUACAAUUUAAUUGGGACCAAUCGCAGCAAAACACGUUUAAAGGAUACGAAACGCACGCUCCGCCAGAAGUACAGAAGCAACUCAAUCUCGAUUAUGCAUACCAACCUGAUCAAACGUUGCAAGCUUAUCCUAGCGUCGCCGUGGACGGCUUCACCAUCAGCUGCAGCGGUAAAAAUAAAGUCUGCGUAGCCAAAAGUUUGUGCGUCGACGGGUACGUGCAUCCUCUGAAGCAAGGCUUUAUUCGGCCAGGACAGGUGCAGGAAUGCAAGCUUAGCCACGAGGUCUGCUGUACCGUGCGAUACGAUUUGGAUAAUUCGCCGUAUAACGAUCAGAUUAACGUGCUGAGGGAUAAUCAGUAUCCAGAACCUACUUUGGAAAAUGACGAAAAAUACUAUCCGUAUGGGGAAAAUAAUCAGGCGGACGUGACGGUGUUGAGGCCUCCGUUAGAAAACAAUGUCGUGCAAUCCCCAUCGAAUAGUGGAUACGAGAUCGAACCUAUUAAUCGGCCUAACGAUAUAAAACCGGUCGAAGAAGUGCCGCCGAUUGAUUAUAAUCAGAUACCUUCUGAUACGAAUCAACGGGAGCAAUACCAAACAAGCGGUACUAGUGCUAGCGAGCCAAUUUUCCCGUCAAAAUCGCACCCUGGGAAUCCUAAUCCCGCGGUCUUUCAAUUCACGGUUCACAUGGGAUGCGCGGCCGCGCUGCUCUGCGUGGAAGAACAGUAUUGUACGUCAGAGGGAAUGAUUAGUCCGCAACCAGUUGCGCUUACCAGCAAUCAGCUCCUACAACGUGUUCCAUUAAGCAGCUGCAGAAUCUCGAAGACUGGGGCGGCCGGUAAGUGUUGUCGCGACCCGAACUACGUGGACCCGUGGCCAGCGGGCAAUCUACCAGCCAACUACUCCGGCGGCUUCGACGAACAGGGUUUCCCCACGUUCUUGAACAUCGCGAAGGUGCGACCGCCGAAGAAGCCGGUCACGCAGCCACCUAUCAAGACGAUCCCCAGGCCGUCCGUCACACCACCGCCGGUUUACGAGCACGUGCAGCCGACGAACGUCGUGCCCCUGGUGCCCGAUGAUUCUGACGUUAUCCCGCAACGCGUAUUACCAAUCUCGACUCAGGUUCCGAUAACGCCCCCGGUCAGCACUCCCGUGCCGUUUAUCAAGGACGACCCGGAUUUCAUCCCGGAAUUGCAAUUGCCUAACAAUCCAUGUGGAGUGAGGAAUUAUGGACAACGCCCGAGCGGCUUUAGAGAAACCGACGCUGCAUUUGGAGAAAUUCCAUGGCAAGCUAUGGUCUUGUGGUCGGAGGAACGUAAAAUUUUGUGUUCCGGCGCAUUGAUAUCACCAAACAUCGUUCUGACAGCAGCCAGCUGUGUAAAUAGAUUUCCAGCGAGUGAACUGUCCGUAAAACUUGGGGAAUGGAAACUGGGCUACGAACUUGAACAGGAGGAGCCGUUGCCCUUCCAAAUUAUCAAUGUACAAGCUAUCAAGUAUCAUCCUGGAUACGUGGAGGGAUUAACUAAUAACAAUAGCGCUAUGCUCAUCUUGGAACAUCCCGCAAGAUUUAAUUUGCACAUCAAUACGCUUUGUCUUCCCGACAACUAUCAAAUACCAAAAACCUCGCAAUGCAUCGUGACGGGAUGGGGCAAGUCGAUAUUGCAAGCUCAUUAUGCUGGCGCCAUCAUGCACAUGGUCGACGUGGAUCUUUUGACUCAUGACAUCUGUCAAAAUCGUGUUUUGGGUGCGGAGUCCCAAAUCAAUGUCGCGCAUAAUAUAAUCUGCGGCAAAGCACACGAAGAAAACAACAUGUGUCAAGCCGACAUUGGUGCGCCGUUGGCUUGUUACGACGGUAACGGAGCCUACCACAUCGCCGGAAUUUACAGUCAGGAUACCGGAUGCUUGCCUACAAAUCAGGUGGCAACAUUCGCACCCAUCGACAUCGCCUGGGUGAAAGAAACUAUGUACCCAGCCGAACCUAAGAUAGACGCUAGUGAUGACGGCUAUGAUUAUCGAAAGAGUAACUUACCAGCAGGUAACGAGUAUUUGCCACCAGUGUAAAGAUGAAGAAGGUGCAACGGUAUACAUUCACAUUGUUGUAUAGCGUAUUUUUUUUAAUACUCACGAAUAGUAAAACGGAGAAAGCGCGCCAGGCGCGCUCGCAUAAUAAUCGAUUUAGCGAUAAUGCUGCAGAGAAUAAAUUAGUAGCGUUUAAUCGAUUUCAUGCUAAGUCGCGAGAAAGAAUCGGAGAGCAAUUGUCGCGUAACGAUUGCGCAUUGCAAAUAAUCGUUGCCGAUAUUGAAAUAAUUUACGCUCCACUUUCAAGUAUCAUUAUGUUUCAAAUUUUUUUAAUAUAGAAAAAUGAUUUUAUAAUUUCAAGCAGAAAAUUUACAAAAUCUGAGGGAAUUUCAGAUAUUUUUUUAGAAAUCUUUAUAGAUUAAAAUUUAUAAAUAAAGUUCUUUUAUUAUUUAUAAAUAAAAAAUUAUGAAACAAUUAUAAGAUGUUAUGAGAAUUGUUUUCAACAGAAAACAAUUAAAAAACAAAAUGUGAAUUUCUAAAUUUUAUAGGCGCAAAUAUAUUUAUGUGCCCGGUGUAAUACAAAAAUAAUAUAAAUAUGUCUGUACAUAACGAAGAACAUUGUAUAAACGAAUAAACGAUGUAUGCUUCUGCGAGGUAAUUAAGCUACCGGGGAAUCGAAAAAUUAUAUAUUACGUUUAAUAAAUAUUUGUUAGAGAAUA